AUGCGUCCUUCCUCGUCCAUCCUUUUCCUCGCAGUCCCUCUUUUGGCCUCUGCCGUACCGACCUUCCUCAAGAGGGCGAAUAGCGCCGACGUAACGGUCCUCCAAUUCGCUGGUGUCCUUGAAGACCUCGAGACCCAGUUCUACACGCAGGCUCUCUCCAAGUUCCAGGCGUCCGACUUCACCACCGCCGGCUUCACGGACCCCAACGUUCCUAUCCAGCAAUUCACGGCGAUCGGAAAAGAUGAGGCCACCCAUCUGUCGUUUAUUGGGGACGCCCUCAAGUCCCUCGGCGCGGCCACCGUCUCGGGCUGUCAGUUCGACUUCUCGAGCGCGCUGACCGACGUCGCUACUAUGGCGCCCAUCGCGCGCACGGUCGAGAACGUCGGUGUCGCCGCGUACCUCGGUGCUGCCAACCUUAUCAAGGACCCCACGAUCCUCACGGCCGCUGCAACGAUCCUGACUGUCGAGGCGCGCCACCAGACGAUCCUGAACCUCGUCAACAACGCGACGUCUAUUCCCCAGGCAUUCGACAUCCCGCUUACGCCUAACGAAGUGCUGGCCAUCGCGGGCGGUUUCAUCUCUGGCUGCUCCACGGGCAUCACAGCCAACACCGCGCUUGCCAUCUCGAACACUGGCUCCAUCGUGGCCGGCACGACGCUCACGUUCACGUCGACCGCUCUGAAAGGCAACCAAGCCAACAUCGCCGCCCGACACGACAAGGGCAAAGCGAGCGGCAACAGUAUGGGCGCGGGCAGCACUGGUGCGAAUGGUAACAGCACCAGCAUGGGCGCGGCCGGGAAUGCGACCAGCUCGGGCACUUCGUCCAAGGGCUCCAUGUCUUCGGGCAAGGGCAUGAACUCGGGUGCCGCCUCCAUGGGCAUGAACUCGGGUGCCUCCUCCAAGGAUAUGAACUCCGGUGCCACCUCCAAGGGCAUGAACUCUGGCAGCAGCUCCAAGGGCAUGAAUUCGGGCAGCAGCUCCAAGGGCAUGAACUCUGGCAGCAGCUCCAAGGACCAGAACAAGAACUCGGGCUCCAGCUCGAACAACAACAACAGCACGAGCAGCAGCUCCAACAGCACUUCCAGCGCGAACAGCACCUGCUCCGCGAGCUCGCAACUGUUCUGCCAGAUCAUGGUCGGCGGCGCAACAACCUCGAUGUCGAUGGCGAUCGACUCGUGCAAGAUCCCCGACGGGCUGAACGGCCCCGCGGCGGUGUUCGUCACCUGCGACGAGAACACGCUCCCGAACGACGUCGUCGCGCGCGCGGCCAACUCGGGCUCCGUCCUCGCCGGCCCCACGAUAAUCUUCAUCGACGUUGAGGUCGACAUCCUCGCGGGCCUCUCCAAGACCGGCGCAUCGUGCGAGGGCUCCGGCAACAACAACUCCGCCUCGUCCUCGUCCUCGUCGUCGGCCAUGAUGGGCAGCUCCACGGCUGCGUCGUCUACGAUGAUGGCGGCCAGCUCGUCCUCGUCCUCGUCGGCCAUGAUGGGCAGCUCCGCGGCAGCGUCGUCUACGAUGAUGGCAGCCAGCUCCGCGGCGGCGAUGUCGACGAUGGCGGCUAGCUCCGCUGCGGCAAUGUCGACGAACAUGGUGGCUAGCUCCGCCGCGGCGAUGUCGACGAACAUGGCGGUCAGCACCGCCGCCGGCGCGGGGUCGUCGGGCGCCGUGACGACGACGAUCAACUCGUCCCAGGCUAUGUCGAUCCUCUCCGAGGCGAGCGCGGAGGCGACGGCGCCGUCCGUCGCUGGGGGCGCCGCUGCGGGUGCCGUCGCGACGGCGGGCUCUGCCGUCAACAACGUCAUGUUCGGCUCCGUGCCCGCGCGCAGGUGA